GUAGGUAAGUUCCAUUUGAACAGGAGCCUAGGUGCCUUACCUUUAAAGGAGUACCGAUAUCUACAGUCACUCCCAAGACAGACAUGCAAGGUCUGUAGUCAAUAAAGGUUGUUGACUUACUCACCCGUUCCUUCCUAUUUCCUGGACAAUCUGACCUACCUAAGGCAAGUUUGGUCAUGAUAAUUUAAGUACCUACCCAUGGCAUUUGAAGAGUUGAAUCCCCUCUCCCUUCCCGCCAUCUAUCAUCGAUAGACAGCAUCUCCUCUUAUAUCCGUGCAUUGAAAGACCCAUCAACCCGCCGAAUCGAUCGUGGUGGAGGGAUGUAUUCGGACUUAACCCCCCCUGGCAACGACCGCGAUCGAUCCCCAGUCCCGAUAUCUAACGCGAGCCAUGCCUCGACCUUGUAUGACUCGGCCCUUGCCGAGGCGGUGGAGAAGCGGGAGAGGGACAUGAGCUUCAAAGAGUCCAUAAGUGCUGAUUCACGCCUGAUUUUGUAUUCCCUCGGCUUCUCGGGCACCAUCAUCAUGGAAGGGUAUGGGCUGGCCCAUAUUACCUACCUCUUCAGUUUUGCGACGUUCAAUGAGCGGUUUGGCACGCAUGACGAGGUGGCAGGUGUCUAUGAGCUCCCAUACAAAUGGAGAGUAUUGUUGCCUCUAGUGGCCCAGCUAGGCUCCUUGUUGGGUAUCCUACUGGCAAGUCCGCUCGCCGCUCGCUUCGGAUGCAAGAAUGCCACGCUCCUCAUGCUCGGUGCCUCCACCGCUCUCGUCACCAUGCCGUUCCUUGCCAGCACCGUCGAGUUCAUGAUGGCCGGAUUCUUCCUGCAGGGUAUCCCAUGGGGUGUGUACCAGGUUGUAAGCCCGGCGUAUGCUUCCGAGGUGGCGUCGCUGCAACUGAGGCCUAUCCUAACUACUUGGAACAACCUCUGCUGGGUCCUUGGUCGGCUCAUCGCCUCCGGCAUAACGAAGGCCUUCGUGAACUAUGCCGGCGACAUGUCAUACAGGAUCCCCUUCGCCCUUCAAUGGCUCUUUUCGGCAGCUCUCCUGGCCUCCAUCUCGUUUACCCCGGAAUCCCCAUUCUGGUACCUACAAAAUGGUAGGAUUGAGGAGGCGGCACUGGCAACAAGGAGACUUGUGAGAAAAGGCUCGCCGGUUCGGGUCGCCGAGAAGCUCGCCUUGAUGCACCACACGAUUUGCCAAGAGGCGAGCCAGGAUCCCCAGGACACAGCGGCCGGCUCGGAAAAGCCAAGGCGGGUGCGCAGGUGGCUUGGGCAUCUCCGACUGAGCUGCCUCAAGGGAACAGACCUAAGGAGAACUGAAAUCUCCAGCGUGGCCUGGCUGAUUCAGGCGACUUGCGGGUCCAGUCUCAUCCCCUGGGCACCAAAACUCUUCGAGAUGGCCGGCCUCCCAACAAGCGACGCUUUAUCCAUCAAUAUCGCUCUUCCUGGAGCUGGAGUUUUCGGCACACUUGCCUCGUGGUGGCUGAUGCGUCGGGCUGGUAGCCGGACCAUCUAUUUCUGGGGGCUCGUAGUGAUGGCUGUCCUGCUCGCGGCGUGUGGAGGCUUCCACUACCUUCCCGUCGGUGCCGGAUGGGCGGCUGGGGGAGUGUUGAUUGUGUACACUGCUGUUUACGACCUGACCAUAGGCCCGGUGUGCUACUCUGUAGUCUCAGAGCUCCCAUCGAUCCGAUAUCGAACAACGACACUGGCCAUCGCCCGAGGGCUGUACCUCCUUGCCGGUGUUGCCAACCACGUCUUGACACCGAAGAUGCUGGGAACAGAGGAGACGGCUUGGAAAUGGGGCGCCAGAGCUGGGUUCCUCUAUGGUGGUGUCUGCCUACUCGGCGCGAUAUACACGUAUUGGCGCCUUCCAGAGACCGGUGGCAUGUCGGCCCGUGAACUCGACAUCCUUUUUCAGAACAAGGUAUCAGCAAGGCGGUUUAGCAGCAAGGAGGCAUCUCGUCUCGCUGCUGCUGGGGCUGCGAAGGCGUUGCGAGUGGCCAACACCUUCGCAGCAUCGGCUGGAGAAAUCACACCUAGCUCGGUAUACUCGGUCCAGGAAAGUACCAACCAGUAGACAAGACGUUCAGGCUGGCGCUGGCUAGAAUGCAGCUGGACAUGACCAGUCGAGAGAUAUACGAUUCCCUGGUGCGGUGUUCACGGCGCAAAAGGGAACAACUCUGCUUCCCCCGUUAGUUGAAUAUACGCAAGGCCGGGGUGUUAUCAAUGGUAGAAGGCAAGGAGUAU